AUGCUACGACGACUCGCUUUUCCGCCAUCCCUUGUAAAGUGUCGGUCUCAGUUACUUUCCUCGGUUCCGUCCACUUCUAAAAAGGAAAGCAGCGAACUGAACAAAACUGUGGUUGGCGGCGUCGCUCAUGUGACUUCACUGAAUAUUUUGACUCAGGAAAGAAGAGAGUUUACUGUACCUGACCUCGCAAUAUCCGGUCUACGAAGUGCGCUCUUGUCAUGUGAUAGAUCUCCAAAGCAGCUGCAACACGAAGCAGACCAACUAGAUGACAUACUGUCGCAAAGAAGGUUCCCCGCUCCCCCAUCGAUAGUAAAGCAAGCUCGAAAUAAAAUCAAGGAUAUGCUCAAAAAGCAGCAGAUUGAUGAAGGAAUCGAGGAUCUGGAUGCACGGAUAAACUACAAAUUACGAAACGAAGUCGACAAAAUUUUGAAAAAAGCCCAUUUCAAUUGGAAGCCUUUGGAUAUAGAAACGAGGGAGGCUGCUGCAGCUUACGCCUUGUCACGAUUGGCUCCCAACUACGCAGAAAUUGCUCGCGUGCUUGAUGAGUUCGACGGAGAAGACUUUGCGCCUUCAACUGUUUUGGAUUACGGCAGCGGAAUAGGUGCAGGUUAGGU